AUGGCACCAAAGAAGGCGAAGAAGACUACCGACAGCAUCAACUCGCGCUUGGCGCUUGUGAUGAAGUCUGGCAAAGUCACUCUUGGUUACAAGUCCACUCUCAAAUGCCUCCGAUCUGGCAAGGCCAAGCUGGUCAUCAUUGCUGGCAACACCCCUCCUCUCCGAAAGAGUGAACUCGAAUACUACUCUAUGUUGUCCAAAACUAACGUCCACCAUUUUGCUGGAAACAACAUUGAGUUAGGCACUGCUUGCGGAAAGCUUUACCGUUGCUCAACCAUGGCUGUUCUUGAUGCUGGCGACUCCGAUAUUCUCGGUGCAGCGUCGUAA